GAGGCGCUCCCCCUGCAGGGCCUUCUCCCACGCGGCCGCGCCAUCACGUCCGCCGCUCCCUGUCUUCCGUCCCCUCCAACACACCAUGGCGCCGCCGCAGCAGCUGGUGCUCGCGGCCUCUUCCACCGACGCCGGCGUUGCCGCGUGGGACCUCCGCACGGGCGCCGAGGCCAUCCGCCACCGCACCUGCGCCUCCCGCCCCCGCGCUCUCACCGUCGUCGCCGGCCGCUUCCUCGCCGCCUCCCAGGCCCCCGCCGGCAACUCAGCACCCAUCCACUACUACCACUGGGACAAGCCCCAGGUGGCCGUCAAGAGCUUCCCGGUUGAGCCGAUACGCGCGCUCAUCGCUGAUCCGGAGGGGAGCUACCUCAUCGGCGGUGGGAUCUCUGGCGACAUAUUCUUUUGGGAGGUGGCUAGUGGGGAGUUGCUUGUCCAGUGGCAUGCACAUUAUCGUGCUGUUAGGUGCCUUGCACUCUAUGACUUUUUGCUUAUCUCGGGGUCUGAAGACGGUAGCAUCAAAGUUUGGGAUCUCCUCACGAUGCUUGAUGAGCAAUCAAGAUUGGAGGCAAAGACACAACACAUAUACAGCUUUAAUCAGCACGCACUUCCUGUAACCGAUGUUGCUUGCUGUCAUGGAGCAAUUGCUGUAUCAUCUUCAGAGGAUCACACCUGUAAAAUUUGGAGUCUAUCCGAGGGUAGAAUGCUAAGAAGCAUUUCAUUUCCUUCUAUUACUGAUUCAGUGGCGUUAGACCCAAGGAGUCAUAUUUUCUACGCUGGUGGUCGAGAUGGAAAGAUAUAUGUUACUGCUAUGGGAAUUGAUGUCACCUCUCCUAGUAGUGAUGAUUCAACUAUUAAUGGGGCUUUGGAUGACCAUAGCAAGGCAGUAACCAGCUUAGCAUCGAGUACUGAUGGACUUAUAUUGAUCUCUGGAUCUGAGGAUGGUAAUGUUCGAGUUUGGGAUACAAGAACUCAGCAAGUAAUCCGAAAAUUCAAACAUUCCCAAGGUCCAGUGACGAAUGUUCUCUUAGUAACGCCUAAACGAGUAAAUCUUCCACCACUACAAUCACUACGGAAAGUUUGCUCAGCAAAUGGAGGAUCUGAAUCACGGGCUGUAAUUGUGCCCCAACCUGAAAAUGAUGUCCAAAUUUUUGGAAACUUCAGUUCCGACUUUCUGGAGCGCUGCCUGGAUGCACUUCAGCAGCCUGGCAGUUCGUCCAGAUUGUUUGAAUCUGGGGCCAGUGCUCUGUAUGGUGCACCAAAACAACAGGGUGUAGAAUGGAGGAGUAAAUACUUGGAGUUACAGGACCUCUUUGUGCGUGAGGUUCUUGAUCAGAUGCCGUCUCCAAAGAAUACAUGAUAUGCAACUGAUUAUUAUGGUCAUUGCUGUCAAUUAGGAGAUUGUCAUCAGUUUUAGCCAGCACAUGAGUUGGUUUCUAACCGACUAGAAAACCUUGGAAGCUCUAAUUCAUCAGCGAAGUGUAACAUCAAUUUUUGCAAUUUAUGAGUGGAGGGGUGAGCAGGGGGCUUUGCAUCCCCCAUGAGUUCAUUGGAACUAUUGUAGCUGGAGCAAAUUUUAUACUAAUUAGCACUUCCGGCCUCAGCUCCUCAAAAGUGUACUUUGUGCUUCUCUGGUUCCACCACUGAAUUUAUGUGUACUUUGUGUCUUUGUAUUGAGCCUUAUGGUAGGUAACAUGUUACAGAAAAACAUCUGAAAUACAAAGUAACUUGAAAAGGAGCGAGACGCAAGUGGGUUAUGGAGUAAUAUCUUUGUAUCUUGCUACAGAGUAAUUAUAUUCGAUGGAAACUACUUUGUGUGGAUCA